UUUUUUUUAAGAAAAAUACAUAAAUACAUACACAUAUUCAUUUAUAAAUAAAUAAAAUAUGGAUUUGAGCGAUGAUACCAACAAACGUAGUUUAUUUGAUGACAAUGACACCCCCCUAAAUUCAUUAGUUGCACCUAGUGAUCAUGAUCAAUCUGAUUCAGAAGAUGAUUUUGCUUUAAAUUCUAUGGUCGAUCAAGAUGCUCUUGAUAACUAUAACAUUCCAUCUAAUCUUAAAAACAUUCUUCGAAUGGAUGAUCAUGAUAUCAAUCUCAACGAUUCCUUUCGUGAUGAUUCCGAAUCUGAUGAUGAUUCCUUUAUCAAUCGUCGUUUUGAAGCUUCAGUAGACAUCAACAAAAUAAAUGAAGAAAUAGAAAAAAAUAAGAGUAAAUUUAUGAACUUUCCUCUUAUGCCUCCUACUGAAGAAGAAAAAGAACCAAAAAUGACCGUGAAAAGACCUAAAAAGCCUCGUGAAAAGAAAAAACGAAGAGAGAAAAAAGAUGUUUUUGAAGCACAACGAGAGGCGAGAGCAAAUAAGCUACAUCAACUACUCAAGGGUUUAAGAGAAGAAAACGAAAGUGAAGAAGAAGAAAAAGAAAAUAACAAGUCUAAAAGAAAAAUGGGACGAAGAACAAGAAAGAAAGAAUCAAAUGAAAUAAAAGUAGACGAGAAUGGUGAAAGAUUGAUACGUACGACUGAGCUUUUAGACGACACAAGUGAAGAAGAGGAGGACGAGGGAGAGGAACGAAAGUUAUCAAAGAGGGCAGAGCUAGAGAUGUAUCGUGAAGCAGAACGUCGUCGAAGGGCAGCUAAUGUUAUGCUAAAGCCAGUGUAUAAUAUUAAAUCGUUUGAUGAUUUUGUGAAACGUCGAGAUGAACAUGAACAAGCCUAUUUAAGAAAAUUAGAGCUUGAAAGGCAGCAUAAGACAGUCUCUAGUCAUAUACCCAACAAACACGAAGAAAGUGAUGAUAGUGAUCUUGAAAUUAUAGGUGAUCCAAAAAGGAUUGCAGCAUCCCUUUUAUCACCCGAUCGUGUUCGAUAUCCAAUACCUAAUUUCUCUCCUAUCAGGCAUGCCUCUAUUGCUUUACGAGAACACAAUCGAAGAAUGUUAAAUCGAAUUACGAAUGAAGGAUAUGAUCAUAGAAUCAAGAUGGAAGAAGAAGCUAAGGCACGUGGCUACUUUGCUUCUGCUACAGAAAGAGCAAAAAGAUUACUUGAAAAAGAAAAAAAUGCCUUAAUGAUUAAAGAACAAGUAGAUAUGCAUUUUGAAAUGAAAAAAGGACCAAAGAAUUAUAAUAAUAGUUCGGAAGAUGAGGAUGAAAGCUAUGAGGCUAAUGAUGAUGUCUUUGAUGAAUUUUCUGGUUCUGAAGAAGAAUUUGAUAUUGAUUAUGUAGAUGAUGUAAAAAAGAAUUCUUUGAAACGAAAAGUGGAUAGCAAUGACGAAGAUGGGGAUGAGAAUGAUAUGGCAACUAUAGCUUUCAGACGUUGGAAAGGGAAAAAAGCUAAAAAAUCCAUAUUUGACGAUGAGGAUGAGGAUGAGGAUGAAAAUGAGAACUCUUCUGCAAAGAAGAAAGCUGCUCAAAAGCCUGAACCAGCACAUUCUAUUGUAAACUUUUUUAAAGCCAAGGAAGCAAAAAAUAAUGAAAUUAAAGAGGCAAAUGAAGAUGAAAGAGAAGAAAAGCCUCUUACUCGUCUUGUAAGACGUGAUUCCAAUGAUGAUACAGUAGAUGAUACUAAAGAAGAAAUGCAAACUGAUGAUUUAAAUGCUAUGGAUAUUGAUGAAAUAUCUGCUCCUGUAAAGAAAUUACAGAAAGCCACAUUAUCAUCUAAGCCAGAAGGAAACAAUGAAUACCUUGAAGAGGAAGCUGAAGAGGAAGAAGAUGAAUAUUUCGGCGUGGCAGGUUCUGAUGAAGAAAUUGGUGAAAAUUUAGAUGAAUUUGAAGAUGAUGGUCUAUUAGUCGAAAAUAAUGAUGAAUAUGUAGAUGAAGCAGUAUUAAGAGAAGCAUUUAUGUAGGUUUUUCUAUUAAAGGACAUGGGAUAAUUACAUAGCACAUGCUUAUACAUAUAAAUAUUUCUUUUUGUUUAGUCAACAAGAUAAAGAAAGUGAUAGUAAUUUAAUUCAGCGUUUAAUUACAGAUAUUGCAGGUGGUGGUUUACGUAGACAGAAAGCAGCUGCAGAAGCAGGGCUAAUGCUUGAUG